AUGUGGGCGGUCGGGCGUCCGGGGGUUACUUCUGUGUCUCCUCACACCUGGUUUCCGGCAGACUGUAGGCCCAGGUCUCGGCGUUCCUCAGGCUCUUUCUCCGUCUUCAUGGCGGGCGCGCGGGGGCAGGGGCUGGAGGUGGUGACGGUGUCUUUGUGCUCUCCGUCGCCGCCGCCGAGCUGCAGCAAUUCCACCAUGUCGCUGUUGUCUCCCCUCGGCCACCAGAGCUUCCCGUUUGACGAGGAUGACGGUGACGAGGAGGAUGAGGAAGACGUAGACGAAGAUGACCAUGACUCAGAGGCCAAGGUGGCGAGCCUGAAAGGAAUGGAGUUACAGGGGUGCUCCAGUGAGGUUGAAUCAGAAGAUACCCAAGAAGAACAGAAACAGGUGCGCUUACCAGAAGGCAGCCUGACACCAUGGGAAGUGUGGUUUGUUGGCAAGGAAAAAGAAGAACGUGACCGUCUACAACAGAAAGCUCUAGAGGAAUUAAAUCAACAACUAGAAAAAAGAAAAAAAAAGGAAGAACAUGAAAAAAGAAAAAUAAUUGCUGAAGAAAAGCAUAAGGAAUGGGUUCAGAAAAAGAAUGAACAGAAAAGAAAAGAAAGGGAACAAAAAAUUAAUAAAGAAAUGGAGGAAAAAGCAGCAAAGGAACUAGAAAAAGAACUUUUGCAAGAAAAAGCAAAAGAAAAAUAUCAAGAGUGGCUAAAGAAAAAAAAUGCUGAAGAAUGUGAAAAGAAGAAGAAAGAAAAGGAAAAAGAAAAACAGCGGCAAGCUGAAUUACAAGAAAAAAAGGAAAUAGCAGAAAAAAAAUUUAAGGAAUGGUUGGAAAAUGCAAAAAAUAAACCUCGUCCAGCUGCAAAGAGCUAUGGUUAUGCCAAUGGAAAACUUACAGGCUUUUACAGUGGAAACUCCUAUCCAGAACCAGCCUUUUAUAAUCCAAUUCCAUGGAAACCAAUUCAUAUGCCUCCUCCCAAAGAAGCUAAGGAUCUAUCAGGAAAGAAGAAUAAAAGACCUGUGAUAAGUCAGCCACACAGGUCAUCAUCUCUGGUAAUUCAUAAAGCCAGAAGCAAUCUUUGCCUUGGAACUCUGCACAGAGUACAAAGAUAGCAUAUGUGGGAAAUAACAUGUUUUUACCUGGAGCUAUUUAAUUUUAAAGUCAGAAAUCAUUUCUUACUACUUAAUCAGUAACUCACCAUUUGACCUGAUGAUUGACAAGUUCCCAUUUUUGCAUUUGUCUGUGGAGUCCUUAGAGUAGUUGAGGAGCUAUUUCAUACAUUUUGAUUUUUAUAAAUGUUUCAAGGUUGAUCCUGGCAUAUUGUUUUGCAGGAUAAGUGACUAAAUGUCUAAUUAAUAAUUGUGUUUGUAUUUGGUGUGUAUUAAAGCUAAACUGUAAUAUCAAUAAAGCAACAGUUUUGCAUACUCUGUGUUCUUAGUUUUAUGUUUUUGAACAUAAUAAGAUUAAGAUUAAAUCAUUCAAAUGAUCAUUUCUAAACUGUAUACUUCAGAUAACUCUUCGAACAAUCUGCAUGGGUUGGAAUCCUAGAUUAAUCAAAAACAGUCUUUGUUGAUGGAUUUUGGUAUAUUUUUCUGUACAUAGAUACUUAAAAAUAAUUAGUGGCAUGAUUUGUAACAAAAAAAGGACUGGAAUUUUCAAAGGAAAAUUUAAAACAUUUUUUGGUACUAUGGAUCUUGAGACAGCAAUGAAUAUUUUGCUGUACUUUGUAAAAAUAAUUGUACAUUAAUUAUAGUUAGCUUGCUAAUUUUGAAAUGCAAAUUUUUAUUUGAAUGUAGGAUUACCAGUGCAUCAUUUUUUAUUGUCAAAAAUGUUAAAUGUUCACAGAUCUUAUUAGUAAGUACAUUUGAAGUCAUUCAAAGGAUUAUUAAAAUAGCACUCAACUUUUUAUUAAAAUUUAAAAGUCUAUCUCUUUUUAGAGAAUGAUCAAGAAAUGAAAUUUUGUUGUGGCAAUACAAAGUUUAGUAAAUUCAUUUAAAAGUGAUUCCUAUUUAGAAUACAUUUCCAUGUUUCUGCUAGGUAGUCAUCCACCAAGUUUUUGGUGUUCGGGUGAUAUUGGUUAACGCAAGGAAACAACAGCAGAAUGUUUGAAAGGUUUCAUGUCAUCAGAAGUCUAGGAAAAUUCACGUCUAAGCAGAGAGCAUUUUGGGAGGAUCAGUAGGAUUUGCUGAUUUAGAGGUCUGGUCAUCUUUCUCAGAACUUUUCAGAUACAGUGAAACUUCCAGGUGAUCAUUCUACUUGAAAAAUUCACCUAUAGAGAGAGGAUGUAGAAUUUUCCAGGGUAGCAGUAGUAGUCUUAAUUUCACAGAAGUAGACUUACACAAUUUUUAGCUGUAACAAUAAUUCUAAUAAGAUUUGUCAUUCAUUCAAUCACUAAUUAGUCUCACCAGUAUUAAUUGAAUAUUUACUCUGUAACAGACAUUUUGCAUAUUGAUUUAGGAUUUAAAUGAUAUUUAUUUAAUUUAGCAAACAUUUACAGCCUAGCUAGGAAACGUGUAACAACUAUCAGUGAUAUCUGGUUACAUACUGUGAUACCUUAUGCCUAAAAUCAUGUUCAGAGUUCAUCUAGGAACAUGGAUAAGAGACAUUUCAACCUAUGAAGGGUUUAAGAGGAGGUGACAUUUGAGCUAGUAAAAGAUAAACAGGAAUUUUCGAGAUGGUCAUAGAGCUGACCACAUUUCACCGAUAUGUGGUGAGAAGUAGCUGGGGGAGAAGCAAGGGUCAGAUUGUAAAAGACUUUACAUG